AGCGGCGGUGAGAGCCCCGCAGCCGCCCGGGGAGCGAGUGGGAGCGGCCCGGCCCGGCCCGGCCUGCUCGGAGCGCACCGCGCAGCACAGGCGGGAGAUCGCGCUCGGAGCUCGGCGGCUCCGCGGCGGCCACGGCGGGAGGCACUGACCCCCCGGGCGGACCCCGCGGGCCGAGGUACGCAGGCCCGGCCAUGCCCGUGAGGCGGGGCCGCCCCGGGAGCGGCCCGGGCAGCUCGGGCACGGCCCCGCGGCCCCGCGGCCGCGACAUGGCGCAGGGCGGCGGCGAUUCCUCCCCGGGCCGGGGCCGCCUCCCGCUGCCCUCCACCUCCCGGGACGGGCCGCCGGGCCUGCCGCGCUCGCCGUCCCCCGCCGAGGACACGGAGGAGGAGGAGGCGAGCGAGUGUGUCGAGCGGCUGGAGAUCGGCAACGGGGCCGACAACGAGCACAACAGGUCGAUCCGCAGGCAGUACCGGGAGCUCAUCUCCAGCGUGCACCAAAAUCGUGAGGAGAUGCUGAGUUCAAAAAGCAACAGACUGACAGAAGCUUUGGAAGAAGCCAAUAAGCUGUUUGAGAAAGUUUGCCGUGCACGAGAGGCUGCGCUGGAUGCCCAGUUUCUUGUCUUAGCAUCCAAUCUAGGGAAGGAGAAGGCCAAUGAGUUACACUCUGAGAUGACAUCAUUUGAUGCAGCAACAUUUGCGGAAGACUUGCUGACCCUCAUGGGUAUAAAUCGCAUAGAAGUAGAAGAAAAUUAUAGUGAACCUGGUGGUUUUUUACCUCGUGAUGCCUGGCAGAAAGUGGGAGAAGAAGCACUGAAGUACUUCAGAAGAGCACCUACUUUUCACUAUAUGUUGGGAUCUUUCAAGUCUGAUCCUCCUGUAGCAAAGCAACGGAUUGAGAGGCAGAAAAGGGCUUCAAAAGGAGAAGCAAAACAGAUGAUGCCUGCUCAGUUAAAUCAAAUGGAGGAGUCUCAUGACGAAACUACAGAAAAAGAAGUAGAGAGGAUCUUGGGAAUACUGAACACUCUCUUUGAAAAUGAUCCUGAAACACCAAUUUCCUUCUUUGAUUUUGUGAUUGAUCCAAACUCCUUUGCACGCACCGUGGAAAACAUGUUUCAUGUGUCCUUCCUCAUAAGGGAUGGUCUUGCAGAAAUAAGGCUGGAUGAUGAUAAAUUGCCAAUAAUAGAGUCUACAAAAUACAGGAAGGUAGGGGAGGAAAACCGGGGACCUGGAGCACGGAAACAAGUUGUCAUGUCUCUGACCCAGGAAGAAUGGAAGGAGAUCAUAGAAGUAUUUGAAAUAACAGAAGCCAUGAUUAGCCCUCCUUUUCAGAGCACUGAAGAGGAAAUGGAGACAGAAUAAUUUUCCAAUGACAGCUGAUCUUGUUAAUACAAGUAGUCUGAAGAAGGACUUAGAGGGAACCAGACUGUCUUCUGUUCCUACUUCCCUAAAAUUCUUUCAGUGAUAGGACUGAAUUCUUUUACUGUCACAGUUGUUUUUUAAGUUCCAAAUUUUAUUGCAUAGUCUUACUGUCUUUUUCUUUUUCUCUUC